UGAAAAAUAGGUUUACUCUAAAUAUAGAGUAAUUUGUUUUUUUUUGUUCAUCACUCUAUUUUCUACUCUAAAAUAGAGUACCAUUGGAGCAAAUAGAGUUAGCCAUCGGAGAUGGUCUCAAGUGUUUGGAAUUUCCGGUCCAGAUUCAGUUAUUUCAGUUAGAUUCAUUUUUUUUAAUAUCCGAUAAAUCGUUCAAGUGUUUGAAAUUCUCAGUCCAGCCUAAUGUUGAUCACAUAAUAGCCAUUUAUGGUUUUAUUAAAAAGUCUGACAAAAAUAUUCAUUUUAUCAAUCUCUGGACCGGUGUUAAGAUCUCAAUCAAUUUCUGUUGGACCCAAAAAAUUAAGAGUAGGGCCAUGGGGGAAAAGUGUAUAGCACAAUUUGCAAAGACAAGUUUAUACAUUGCAUCCAUAGAUCUGGAUGGUUCUGUGAUGCAUUCUAAAAGAGGACUCCUUGGAGUUGAGUGGCCCUCCUCAGCACAUAAACUUUCUUUCUUCUCAAUCUCAGCAUCUCCCUUAUGAAGCCUGGUAAUAGUGGGAGCUACUCCUUCCAUCCAGCUGUAUGGUUAAAUAACAUAAAUUUAUUAAUAAUUUGGGAUCCAGUUCAAAGAUUCUGAAUAUUCUACUUUUCGAGGAUGAAUUAAGUAUUCGGAAUCCUCCCUACGAAACAUGUGUGGUAACUUUGAUCAUACAAUCGUACGUAACGUACCUAACAUGUAACAGGUACAACAAAUGACCAAUCCUAACAAGACCACAUGUUAAGUUUGCAAAAUACCAUGUUACAGAUUCGAACCCAAGACCUUUAUACCAUUAAAUCAGUAUUUUAGUUCCCAAUUUUGAAACAAAAACGUAAGAAUAAUGGAAAGAAAUAAUUGGUUGGAAAUAUUCAAAGAAAUGGCGGCCAGUCACAAUCAAAAAGCUAGUGGUGGACUUUUUACAACGGCACGCUAUAGUGGCUUAGACCCCUACAUAAAUAAAAUUCGUGUACGCUGCUUACGCCAUCCUUUUUGGUAUUUAAUUAUACACGUAAUCCCAUCUUCACACUUCAUUUAAAACGUUUACACUUCACCUUUCUAACGACCAUUUUUUCACUGACAGUACUUUUAUAUAACCGACGCUUUAAUCAAAACUUGAAAAAUAGCAUUUGUUACGGAGUAUCAAUCAUCAAGAAACAACAAUCUUGUAGGUGAGUAAAUAAAAGAUACCGUGAAUAAUAUCAACAAUCGUAAUCUCAUACCACUAAUACGCAAUUAAAGAAAAUAAUCAUAUAAUUAGGGAGAUAAUGUUAAGAAUCUUUAUCGUAUAAUCAGAAGCGUAUUCAUUUCAUUACAAGUUGAUUCUCUUGUCAUUGUUUAUAUAGUAAUAAUAAUAAAUCAAUUCAAACUAAACCUUCUCUCUCUCUCUCUCUCUUUGGCUCAUCAUCAUUUUAUCUGAUGAAUACGCCCAAUUGAAAUCCUUUCCUUAUCAACUCAAAUUGAGUUUUCAAAAUUAUUCAAUUUCCGGAUCUCCGUAGAUUUGCUCGGCGGAGGAGGAGGAAGGAUGGCUCAGUUGGCGGCGGCGGCGGGGAGGAGAAUAGGGGAUUACGCGGUGGGAAGACAAAUCGGGUCGGGUUCGUUUUCGGUGGUGUGGGAAGGGAGGCAUCUGGUAGAUGGAAGCGUGGUUGCAAUCAAGGAGAUAGCCAUGGCGAGGCUUAGUAAGAAGUUGCAAGAUAGUCUCAUGUCGGAGAUUAUCAUCUUGAGGAAGAUCAAUCACCCCAACAUCAUCCGCUUCAUCGACAUGAUCGAGGCUCCAGGGAAAAUAAACUUGGUGUUGGAGUACUGUAAAGGGGGUGAUCUGUCUAUGUUUAUUCAGCGUCAUGGAAAAAUCCCUGAUGCUACUGCUAAGCACUUCAUGCAGCAGUUAGCUGCUGGUUUGCAAGUUCUUCGUGACAAUAAUAUCAUUCACCGAGAUUUAAAGCCUCAGAAUCUUCUUCUAUCCACAGAUGAUAAUGAUGCAGCUCUUAAGAUUGCUGAUUUUGGAUUUGCAAGAUCGUUGCAGCCUAGGGGUCUGGCAGAAACUUUAUGUGGUUCCCCAUUGUAUAUGGCCCCAGAGAUAAUGCAGCUUCAGAAGUAUGAUGCAAAGGCAGAUCUCUGGAGUGUUGGUGCUAUAUUAUUUCAACUUGUGACCGGCAGAACCCCUUUUACAGGAAACAGCCAAGUUCAGUUGUUCCAGAACAUUAUGAGAUCAACUGAAUUGCAUUUUCCAGUAGACUGUAGAGAUUUGACUAGUGACUGUAAAGAUCUAUGUCAGAAAUUGCUGCGCCGUAAUCCAGUGGAACGUUUAACGUUUGAAGAGUUCUUUCACCACCCUUUUCUUUCAGACAGACAACCAUAUGAUGUGCCAAGGAGUAGAUCAGGUUCAAGAACGAUGGAUGGUUUUCAUUCAUCCGGAAGCAGUCCCUCAGGAAAAAUGGAAGAAGUUUCUCAUGAUGACUCUUUGCCCUUCUUUUUAGAUGAUGAUUCUAGUGAACCUGAGGGAAGCCCUUCAUAUACCAAACAUACAUCUCCGAUGAAGUCAUCUUAUGGAUUUAGUGUUGAGACUAGACGUGAAAGAAGGGAAGCAGCAGCAUCUAGUCCUUUGAAAAACAUGGAACUCAAUUCCAGAUAUAGUAGAGUUAGUCAUAGAGCAGAUACCAAUAACUUCAAGUUCGAAAGCCAUAGAUUAUUAGAUAUAAACCAAUUCAAACCAUCAAGCUUGCCUGAUUCCAGAUCACUUAGUACUCAAGGAAGAGUAGAUACACCAGAUUCAAUAGAUCAAGAUUAUGUUCUGAUAUCUGGACCAUCAGUGGAUAUACCAUCAUCUUCAUCUGGUUCUCCGAAGCUCUUCAAUUACCCAUUCAAAUCACCUUCCCCUCCUGUGGAGUUCGUUAAAAGAAGUGUAACAAGUUCAACGGCUCCUAUGCCAAUAGCUGGUGCCACUGGCAGGACCAUUGGUCGGUUUGAAAGCUUGGAGAGUCCAAAUUCUCUCCCGGGUACUUCCCAUGGGUCUCUGAACCUUGUGGAUGCUUUUGAACAGCCAUCAACUCACAGCUUCACAAGAAUCCGGUCUUUGCAAAAGUGUGCAGCAACGAUUGCAGAGUUGGUUCGUGAAAAGAUUGAAUCAGGUAAACAGUUAGAAGCUUUCUCAAUCCAACUGGUGAUUCUUGCUAUUUGGAAUCAAGCACUGCACAUCUGUCAUACUCAGGCAGCCUCAGGCGUAGAAGGAAGCCUGCGCCAAGAUGGUAACAGAGUAAGAAGAAAUAUUAGCCAAGAAGGAUCAGAGAAAAUAUUGUCUCAGAUACAGAGAGAGUUUGUCUUGGAGGUUGAGCGUGCUGAAGAUCUUGCCAAGUUUGUUGAAUCUGGCAAUACAAAGAUGCCUGAUGCAAUGGAGAUAAUAUUCCAAGCAGCUCUUACUCUUGGCAUACGUGGUGGAGUAGAUGAGGUGGUGAUGGGAGAGGCAGAGAACGCAGUAAACCUCUACACAAAAGCGGUACGCUUACUAGUCUUCCUUGUGGUUGAGGCGCAAACGCUGAUUCUGAAUCCACCUUUGACACUCACAAACUCAGUAAGGUAUCGAAUCAGAACAUAUAUAGAUAACCUCAUAAGCAGAUUAAAACACCUACAAUCACAUAAAAGAACUUCUGGUCCCCAGAAACCAUGAGAGGGGGAACAAACAAAUCAUCCCACAUGUUCUGUUCUUGUUUGUUUUGUUUCAGUGUCUGUAAAAGUAACCAUUUGUUUGUACAGCCACAAAAGGAAAAAAAAAAGACCUGAUUCUUGAUUCUUUUGGAUGUUAGUUAAUAUCCAGAGGGAUUUGUACCAUUCUCUUUGUUGUCACGCUGAUCAAUUGUUUCUAUUGUAUGUUGAGAUAUUGGUUCUACAUUAAAAGUCUUAUAA